AUGUUGAGCGGACAGGCCCAGCAGCGUUUGGAGGAUAUGUCGUGGCUGGCUUCGGGUCCGCCGUUGGACUAUCAGCAGGGUAUUACCUCAAUGCCAUCGGGGGUGAAAAUGUGCCAUCCGGGAAGUUCCGCUCAACGUAGUUUGAAGGAACAACGAAUUCGUAGGCCUAUGAACGCUUUCAUGGUGUGGGCGAAGGUUGAGCGGAAGAAAUUGGCGGACGAAAAUCCUGACCUCCAUAACGCCGACCUCAGCAAGAUGCUUGGCAAGAAAUGGCGGGGUCUUACGCCACAGGACAGGCGGCCGUACGUCGAGGAAGCUGAAAGAUUAAGAGUGAUACACAUGCAAGAACAUCCGAACUACAAGUACAGACCACGUCGCAGAAAACACGCGAAGCGAGCCCCGGGGGCCCCAGCUUCGCCACCCACCGUAACAAACGCCCCUGGUUCAAGGCCCAACCCUGCCGGGUCCACGAUUCAUCAUUCCAUGUCUAAGAUGGAAAAUUAUCAAAGUAUGCCGCGGAUGUCCUGGGGCGGACACUCGCCCAUUACGUCUCUCUAUCAUCAACAACAACAGCAGCAACAACAGCAGCAACAGACAAUGCAAGAGUACAAGUCAGAGAACAACUCAAUCUACGGUAGUCCUUACACACCGAUUAUUCACUCUCCGGACAUAUCGCCUGUCGCCAGCCCUGAACCAGAUGGUGCGGACGGAACACACCUUCCCUCUUCGCAAAAUCCAGACCCGGAACGGGACUUGAUGGAAGGUACAUCGAAACAGCACAAUGACCAUGAACAAGCGAAACGCUAUUCUUUCAUGAGCGGAGACAGCCAAUUGCAUCCAGCUCAUAGCGUGGCUAACAUAUCAUCCUGCCAAAAUACUGGCAUCUACACGGACACUUUGACGUACAAGAAAUCGGUAAGCUACCUGAAUUUCGAAAGACAAACUUCGAGUAUAGCGGCGAUUGGUAUAGCGAAUGGGAUGAUGGUUUCCUGUAACAAGUUGAGAUCGGGUUUCGAAAACGUUGGCUCUGUCACGGGUACAUUCUACCCUCCAGUCGCUUCACCGCACGACCAAUCGUUGCACUACAGCAGUAAUCAGUCCACGAAGUCCAACAGCUAUUCGAUGCAAUCCAACGUCGAAAGUAAUUAUAAUCAAUGCAACAACAGGCAACAAUCGAUUGGAAUUCGCGGCUCAUCCGACGUCUGCUCGAGCGUCUCUCAUAGAUACUCUCAGAUGUCUCAUCAUCAAGAUUAUUCGUCAGAGGGUGGUUCCGGACAACAACCGGUAAUUUUAGGGCACUUAGAUCCUAGCAUGGGCGACGACGAGGAGGACCAAGCUCUGCAACUUGAAAAAUAUUUCAAAAUCUAUUAG